AGCCUUGAGAUGAACUUCAAUCUCAUACUGAAUAUUGGAAUAUUGAAUGGUAUCCUGGCUAUCGCAACAUUGAGAAAGGCCUCUCUACUCUCGGGAAUUAACGUGGAAAGCGACAUUAUAGGUCAUCACGCUCGAUUCAGCGUUCUUAGGAGAUUCAAAUCGAUACGUUCUAUCUUGCCUCUUUUUCGGAUACAGCUAGUCUAAGCCACUCGUCAAAGCUUCAUUAUAGCUUGGGCCACUCCGUGUCACGCUCUUUCGCAAACCCCACAUUGUCCUGGCCAAAGUCACGCGUGUGGCAGUCACGUAUAUAUCUGUAGGACCCUCCGCCAAGAUGGGACUCUUCAACCCUUUGUUGUUCCACAACUAUCUACGCGGCGACUGCCACCACUCCAACACUUGUCACAGCCACUUCUACUCUCUUGCACUUGAUACAGACUUCGACACCGACUUCGAUAUCAUUAUGGACGACGCGACUGUCCCCCAAGACGUCGAAAUGCACGACGAGGCACGCGAUACAGUCGCACCACUUGAUGAAACCAAAAACAAGAUCAAGAACCAAAGGCGGUUGCCUGGCCGUGAAGUUGCCUCCGUCCAGGUACCACAGACCACUGCCGCGACAGCUGUACCAGGUUUCCGAAAUGCGAUAUCUCUACCAUUGCAAAGUCAGAUGACUCCACUCAAACCCUCACUCAGUGCCAUCGAAAUGGACGACGGUGUCUGUGACCCGGAGUUGAAGGCAUUCAUCCAGACAGAAUUCAAGAAGAAUGUCAUCCGUGACUAUCCCAUCAUCGACUUCAUUGAUCGCGCGUGGCACACUACUCCAUCUCAGAUACCUCCCGGCGAUUACGCACUCGCGCAGGAGCAAUGUAAGGACUAUCUCGGAGCCGCAAGGUAUUCGAAGAUGUCCAAGUUGAGGAAGCUAGGGGAAGACGGUCCGCCGCUCAUCGGGCUCGCUGAAAGGGCAGAGACUCGCGCAUGUGUAGCAUUUCAGGCGCUCUUUGAGAAGUUGGCUGCACUGGUUUUGGAUCGAUGGAAGGAAGAGGACGCUGAGGCUGCUGCUGAAAUGGAGAGGACGCGAUUCCAGGGGACACUUCGCUUUUUGAACGAGAAGAUCGUCAAGGGAAACUAUGCGAACAUCAAGCCCGAUUUUGGGUAUGUAACGGAGAACGGCGAGAAUGUGGAUGCGAUUUCCUGGGAUGCCUUCGGAUUAUUCGGAGAGUUGAAGAAAGCGGAUGGGAUAUCAGGCCUCACAGGCCCACCCAAAGUAGAUAAAUCCCUUUUGGAUCCGGAGAGAGAGGAAUUAUACAAACCUCCUCCUAUUCGCAAGAGCCGCAAGCGCUCGAAGCCAGACUCCCCAGUUGAAGAAGGGCCGUCGUCAAAGCAGCGUCGAGAUAGCCAGUCAGACUCUGUGCUAACCAGGAAACCUAAACCGGAUGAAGGUGUCCCUAAGACGCCCUCGGCGGCGAAAUUUACUCCGCAGGAGACUGCGUUGCUGCAGCUCAAUGAGGAGGAAGAGGAAAACUAUUCGGAAUUCACCAAUAACGAGGUACAAGCAGCAAAGUACUUGAACGAGCUGCUCUCACACGGAGCUCGCAAUUACGCUACCGGAUUCCUAGUUGAAAACAAGAAGAUCAGUCUCUGGUACGGCGAUCGCUUCGGGAUUAUCAAGUCCCGACUAUUCAACUUUAUUGAAGAGCCUCAUUACUUCCUUCUCAUGGUCACUGCGAUAUUUCGCGCUUCUGAUGCAGACCUUGGAUUUUGUCCCCUGAUCCGCAACAUCCCUACCAACCACCUGUCGUACGAUGGCGCCACUCUCAAGGUUCCAGCUGCUGUUGACAUCAGCAACAAGGCUAUUCCUGGCGACGUGGAAUUCGAGGUCAGUCUUACGGAGCCGGAGUCUAUUUUCACAGCGUAUGGUACGGUUGGACGUGGAACGACGGUUGUUCCGAUCACCGCAGUUGGGCCAAAGAACUGUAGGCGGUUUGGCAAAGAACGACUUGUUGCGAAGAUGUCCUGGCAGCCGGUGAAGCGAUACGAGGAGGGCCACAUCCGGACGAUUCGCCAGACGCUGAAGAAGAGUAAAAACAAAAAUGCGCGUGCUGCUCUGGCAUACAUCGUGGACCUCAAGUGCUCGUCAACUCUGGCCAUCAAUGAUCCCAACGUCAAUCUCCCGCGAGCCUUCAUGACACAAUUGCCGGGUAUGCCUGAAGAUGAGAAGCGAGAUUUUCGCAUCCUCAUUAUGAAAGAGUACCUUCCACUUCAGUUCAUCGACACCGCGGAUGAAUUGAAGAAGGUGUUCCGAGAUGCCUUAACAGGUCACCACUGGGCUUGGACCGUCGCUUGUGUUCUACAUAGAGAUAUCAGCAUCUCAAAUGUCAUGUUUCACCGAAAACGGAACCGCGUAAUUGGCGUCCUGUGUGAUUGGGACCUUGCUGAGACCAAGGAAUAUCUUGGCGAGGAGCCUGAACUUGCAGUUGACAGAGCAAAUUAUGAGUCUUACACAAGAAUGAUGCAGGCCGCACUAGGGAAUAGAAAUGCCGCUAAUAUCUCCACCAAAGCACCGGGCCCUCUGUCUCGACGGUUGAACACUGAACCAACAGUCAAUGAAGAUGAAGCCGAAGCCCCUAAAGAUGACGACGAUAAUGCCCAUAAAGACGAAGGCGAAGAAGCUAAUGAGGAUGAAGGCGACGCCGAUGAAGAUGAAGAUGAUGACAGUGCCCGGCGCCGCAAAGCCAAGUAUCGAACUGGUACAGGACCAUUCAUGGCGAUGGACUUACUUGCCCCCGGUCCUGCCCCAACCCAUCUCUAUCGUCAUGACCUGGAAUCUUUCUUUUGGGUUCUUGUCUGGUUUGUCGCCACCCACAAUCCAAUUGCUCAUACUCUGGGUCGUAUCGACGAAUGGCAAGGUUCCGACCUGCAAGCUGUACAUAGCGCCAAACAUUUCUUUCUGAAGAACAUGUCCGUUGGCGAGAAACUGUUGAGGAAACGCGCUUUGCAAUACGACAGGAUGUGGAAGGAUACCAUCGAGCCGCUGAAGAGGAAGUUUCGUAAUGUGGAGAACGAGGGCUCCUACUUGGAGGGUCUCAAAACAGACUAUACCUUUGCUCACAUCGAAGGCGACACAGAUGGCAUGAGAGAACUUGGUGAACAGGUUGUCCGCAAAUCCAGGGAAAGAAAUGCUCUGGUCUCAUACGAGCAGUUCAUAUUAUACCUAUGAUUGACUUAUUUUAGAGGACUUGGUGUCUACAUUAUUCUAUUUAUGUACUGUACAUUGGGUGUGCUUCUCGACACGUUGAUUUACCAAGUCGG